GUAAUCCAGCCCCUAUCACUGGGCAGGGCUUUCUGUUCAAGAAUGUUGGAUAAGAGAUGCAAUGUACCAGCUGGUUCAUGUUCCUUUCAUCAUUCUUUCCCUGCCAUGAUGGGCUAUGUCCUCUGCACUCUUCUUUCUCCUCUGGAUACCAGCUCUUUCCUGCCUUGAAGACUUUUGUGCUAGUGGCCAAGGAGAAGAGGUCCUGGAACCUGUGUUCACAGAUACCUCCAGGCUAAAAGAAUUAAAAGAGAAAACAACACUGCCAUGCAAAAAUCCUGCAAAGAGAAUGAAGGAAAGCCCAAGUGCAGCAAUGUGCCGAAGAGAGAAGAAGAUCCCUGUGGAGCAUUUGAAGGCCAACAAAGGGAAGGGAAUUUUAGACAGAGACUACUUCAGUCUCUUGAAGAAUUUAAAGAAGACAUAGAUUAUAGGCAUUUUAAGGAUGAAGAUAUGGCAGGAGAGGGAGAUGAGAUGGAAAGGUGUUUGGAAGAGAUUAGAGGUCUAAGAAAAAAAUUUAAGGCUCUGCACUCUAAUCACAGCCAUUCUAGGGACCGUCCUUAUCCAAUUUAAGGUAUUUCCUCCUGAUAAUUCAUAUUCUGUUAUUAAUAUUGCUACUGCUUUCUUUUUGUCUACAUUCUCUUGUUAGAUAUUUCCUCUCAUUUUUCACCAAUCCCUCAGUGUUGGUUAUAGUCUUAUGUCAAUCACAUGCUGUUAACAACUAAUCUUUUGAUUCCUCCUCACUCAUUUAAUAAGGGUGUCAUUCAUUUACAUGGGAAGAUAGUCAUCUAAUGGUGUAUUUUAAAGCCAAAAUCAACUACAAAACGGUAUAUAUACUUUAUGUGUACAUUUUUAUA